CGUCUCGCUUCCGAAAUCUAUUUGCAGCUAGGAGAAGAAGAAAGCCCAAUUACUUGAGCCCCGGUCGGCUCUGUAAAUCUUAUGCCUUUCAUUCGCCGGCUCCGCCGUCUGCUCCCGUUUUCCACGGCGGUUGAGGUCGUUUAUUUCGCUCCUUACUCCGUCGACGCGACGUCUUUCUAAGCAUGAGCAUGAUAGGUAUGUGCGAUUUUCCUUCCCUUCUUUCGAAGUUCUAGCUGGAAUUGUUUGCUGCUGGGUGCCUGAAAAUUCCCCGGCUUCCCUUUGUCUCGAACUCGAAAUUAUGAUCGAAGGUGCGCAAGCGGAGAGAGGAGAUGAGAAAGUAUCAUUGGAGUUGACGGAGAGAUCCUCCAGAGUAUGGAAACCGGCAUGGCCUUCAGAGAUUAUAGCGGAAGAAUCAGUUCCAUGGAUUUCCUCAAGCCCUCGAGCUACUUGGUGACUGCUAGCGACGACGAAUCCAUUCGCCUUUAUGAUGUUGCUAGUGCAACAUGUUUGAAGACGAUUAAUAGCAAGAAGUAUGGUGUUGAUCUGGUUUCCUUCACUUCUCUUCCUACAACUGUUAUAUACUCCUCCAAAAAUGGAUGGGAUGAAUCUCUUCGGCUCCUCUCGUUGAACGAUAACAAGUAUUUGCGAUACUUUAAGGGUCACCAUGACAGGGUUAUUUCACUAAGUUUCUGCUCUCGGAAAGAGUGUUUUAUAUCUGGUUCCCUGGAUAGAACUGUUUUGCUUAGGAUCAACGAGCUGAAAAGUGUCAGGUGUAGCAAUUCUUUUUUGGGUGAAAACAUGUAGUAAUGUUUACUACAUCAAAAUGAUGCUUAUCUCAAACACAGGGGUAGGCUAUACUUAAAAAUGCACUCUAAAAUAGUGGGUCUUGUCUUUCUCCACUCUUUUAAAACAAAUUUUUCUACAAACGCACUGAACCAAACAAUUUGCUUGGACCUUACAUAAUAACAUGAAAAAAUAAAUAACAUGCAAUUGGGAGAACUAGCAUCUAUUUGCAAACACGCCCUAAGCUGGAUUCCUUCUCUUCACCAGGGUCUUUUGCGGGUCCAAGGACGGCCUGCUGCAGCACAUGAUGAUCAGGGACUUGUUUUUGCCAUUGCCUUUGGAGGAUUCAUCAGAAUGUUUGAUUCUCGUAAAUAUGAAAAGGUUAGUUCUGCACUAUUUCUGUUCCAUGACUCCCUUGGUAAUAACUCUGACAAUUGUUAAUGGCUCCCUAAUUGCUGAGGUUUAAAUUCCCGAUAUAGGGUCCUUUUGGAAUCUAUUCUGUUGGUGGAGAUGCUUCGGAUGCAAAUGCAGUAAAGUUCAGGAAUGACGGCAGACUCAUGCUUGUAACAACCAUGGAUGGGCAUAUACAUGUCCUUGAUUCAUUCCGUGGAACAUUGGUAAGUUUGGCUCUCAAUAGCAUGAACUGUGGAUCCCUUGUGAGCAAUGACACUGAAGUGCAUUUAUUCUCACUUUUUCAUUAGCUGUCCACGUACAAUGUAAAGCCAGUUUCAAGAAAUUCCACAUUGGAAACAUCUUUCACCCCGACGGAAUGUAUGUUAUAUCAGGUAAGGUGCUUCUCCCGGAUCAUCUCAUGUUUUCUUCCACUUUGGAUGGGAACCUUCUAAUUAUCUCUUCCCUCCCGAUGCUGUGUUGAAUAGGCUCAGCUCAGGUGAUGGAAGUGUCCAUGCUUGGAGUUUAAGGUCCGGGAAGGAGGUAAGACAUUCAACGUCCUUGUUCACUUUCCCAUCUUCAAUGCAAUUUGCGCUGUACCAAUGGAGGUAACUGUUGGCAGAAAUGAUUGUGGAAUUGUUCAGCAGUCAAAAGGCGUGUCCAUGCAUAAAAUUGUUGUUGCCUCAAGUACUGGAAAUGCAGACUGAGUUGUUUCUUGCAUCCAUUAUUGCAUCUCAGAUGGUUAAAAGAGCACAUGGUUGGAGUACUGUGUCUUCACGAUGACGUAAACCCUUCCUUUCCUUGUGGUUUGCAGGUAGCUAGUUGGAUAACUUAUGAAACAGAACCGCAUGUUAUAAAAUGGGCUCCUGGAACCCUUAUGUUUGCAACUGGGUCUUCGGAGCUUUCGUUUUGGGUUCCAGAUUUGUCAAAACUGGCUGCUUAUGUUGGAAGAAAGUAGGUCCUGUAGAUAUCGUUUAGUUUAUCACUGAAUCUAAACUCAUAACAGAAGCCUUACCCAGUUUCUUGUGUUACUAACGCCUAGCUAAUUCUUUAUAGUUAGGUAUAACUCAGCUGUUUAACCCAAUGAACUUGAUGUAUUAAU